GUUUCGGCUCCUGCGAUUUUUAGGGUUUUAAGAAAAUUUUUUAGGGUUUUAUCAGAGCACUUUGGGAGGAAAUCCGAUGGCUGGGAUGGAAAUUCCGCAGGAGCUUCAGCGAUUUCUUGAGGUUUGAUUCAUCUUCCUCCUUCUCUCGUUGUCUGUCUCUCUGGGGUUCGUUGUGGGUGUGGGUGAAGAAGAGAAUGGGGGAUUUGCUUGCGGAGCUGGAGCAUCUACUCCGAUCGGGAUGACAAGGGAGGAGGCUAUGUUCUUCAAGGAAUGCAAGGAUAGAGCUAUCAAGGAUUUCACUGUUGGUGCUUGUGCUUCUUCAGCCAUUGCCUGGAUCGCAUCUAGAAGCUUGGUUCCUUGGCAUAGGUUUAGCCUUUCAGCUGGUUCUGGUAUGCUGGCAGGAAUGUGGAGGUUUAAUCAUUCAUUGGAUGCUUGUGUGGAUAAAAUUCUAGGGCGUGAUUGGGAUCGCAUGAAGUUGGGUUUGGCAGGCAUAAUCAUGAAGAGGCAUAUGUAUAAUCCAUCACGUGUGAAACUUUUAAGUAAACAUAUGUACCCAGAGGAGGUAUUCAAUGACUUGAAUCCUGAUCGUGCUUUCACAUUAUGGCGGUUCCGGAACAUGUAUGCAGAGGGAAAUGAUGUUCAAAAGUUCCAAUACAGUAAAGUCGAAAAUUAUAAAAACUCCACCGCAAAGGAGCAGCCCAAGCAAAUCAUCAGCAGCCAGGGUAGUGAGAUGAUCGCAGAUCCUCUGGAUUGCAUCUUUGGUGAUUUGGAAAGUGGCAAGGAAAUCUCUCAUUCAAACAAUGUCAGCAAGCGAUCUAGAAGAAGACUACGUGGCCAUAAGAGAGCUCAUCGCCAUUACCAUCAUCAUCAUCGUGAGGCUAACCAAAUGUAAAAUUUAUGGUAGAAGGCAUAAAAGAGAUCAUGUUUGUCAUCCAAAAACCAAAUAUUUAUAAUCUAAAUCUAUAAUGUGUUUUGUCGGUUUUAUCUUUGUCUUUGUCUAGGAAUAUUCCUCAUUGUCUUUCAAUUUCUCAUGUCUCAUAUGGUGUGCUACUUCUGCUGAUUGUUUUACAAGGGAAGUACCCGAUGGUACUGAGGAAAUUCUGAAUUAACUAAGAAAAAAAGCCUGAUAUUUUGUGAAAUCCCCAAAUAUUCUGAAUUUUAAAUCUUGAGAUAUGUGUGAAGGUUCAAGGUGAAUCACGGAUUUUGCCAUGCAUUUAAAGAUCUUUAUGGGUUGUGAAAUACUUACUGGAAGAGAAGACGGGGCUUGUUUAAGUGCAACCAAAGCUACAGUAGAGAGGGAGAAGUGAUGAGAUGAUAUUAGCAUAUGGUUAGAUACAGUAGAAUUUUAGUUGUAUUGUAUUUAUAAAUUUUUGUAAUUUUGUAUUUGAAGAUACAAGAAAGUGUCUUGUUUGAUGUAUUUGGAGUGCUAGAUUAUCGGACUUUGUGCUUGGUGAGAGAGAGUUUUAGAUUUGAAUUUGAUAAACAUAUAUUUAAUGGUGAA